AUGGCGCGACCUCCGCUCGCUACCGGCUCGGGCUACGGCACUCUCGAGGCCAAGGCUGCUCCGCCUCGCCGCCUGUCGCAAUGGUACAUCAACAUGGCCAUGAUCAACUUCGUCGAGUUCGCGGCCGAGUCCUCGCGCGGCGUCGUGCUGGCCACGCUCUUCCUCUACACCAAGUCGCUGGGCGGAGACCUAGCCUUCAUGGGCAUGCUCACGUCGCUCUUCUCGGUGGGGAGACUCAUCUCGUCCACGGUCUUCGGCUGGAUGUGCGACCACUACUCGUUCCGCUCGGUGUACCUGUGGUCGUCGGCCAUCUGCCUUGUGGGCAACCUCAUCUACGUCUUUGCCGACCAGCACGUGACCGGAAGCUUGACGGCGCUGGCUGCAAGUCGGUUCAUCGUCGGCUUCGGGGCCGGCAACCGCAGCGUGUGCCGCGCCGACGUGGCGUCGAUCACGACCAUCAACCAGCGACUCACAUACCUGACGAUGCUGGCCACUGUGGUGUUCUUCGGCUACGCGUUGACGCCUGGUUUGGGCAGUCUGGUAGCCAACACGGACGUGUAUGUCUUGGGCAUCCACUUCAACAAGUUCACAUCGCCGGGGUUGAUCCUGAUAAUCUUCGAUGUGCUGACCAUUGUGGGCAUGUUGACAUUGUACGACGGAUCAAUCGAGACUCGAGAUGGACCGCGGGAGUCACUUCAAGAAGCGGGGUCGAGCAGAACCUUGAGCAAUAUCACGACGAUGCCGGAACGCAUUGUGAACAUCGGCGCGGUGGUGUUUAUCUUCCUCAACUUCAACGCGCGCGGCAUCUUGUCGGUCUUUGAGACGGUGAAUAUCCCGUUGUUCCUCCAGGUGACGGGCAGUGAUCCCGAGAGUGUGAGUGCUGUGGUCGAUGCAUCCAACUUCCAGUUUUAUCUCGGACUACUGGGGCUGCUGUCGUACUUCUCGAUCGAGUACUUCCGACUCAGUCUGUCUGAUGUGAGCUGGGUGCAGCUUGGAUUCGUCAUGUUGCUGGCAGGUAACGUGAUUUUGGUGAUGGUGCCGGUGGACUUGUCGUUUCCACAGCUCGCAGUCGCGGAGUUCCUGGUGUGGAGUGUGGGCUGCCCCAUCACAACUGCAGUGGUGGUUGCAGCCUUUUCGAAGCUACUGGGUGGACGCCCUCAAGGCACGCUCAUGGGCUUGCUUGGGUCUGCCGCCUCGAUCUCGCGCAUCAUUUUGCCUUUGCUGCCAGCAGCUAUUCCGACGCUGACUCCUGUAUUUUGGAUCGACAUUCUGCUCUGCUCUCUCAGUAUUGUGAUGCUGUGGUGGUACAGCAAACUGGUCCACAAGACAAAGUUGCAGACGCUGAGUGAUGCGGAAGCCGCAAUUCAGCUGCUAUCAGCUCCCAACGAUCCUAGAUCACCCUUGGGCUCGGACAAGGUGGAUUUCCCGGACAAGUGA